CCCGGUGCUGGGCCUAGCCCAGCCGAAGAGAUGGAGACCGAACCGCCUCACAACGAGCCCAUCCCCAUCGAGAAUGACGGCGAGGUCUGUGGACCCCCAGAGGUCUCCAGACCCAACUUUCAGGUCCUCAACCCGGCAUUCAGGGAAGCUGGAGCCCAUGGAAGCUACAGCCCGCCUCCUGAGGAAGCAAUGCCCUUCGAGGUUGAACAGCCCAGCUUGGGAGGCUUCUGGCCUACACUGGAGCAGCGUGGAUUCCCCAGUGGGGUCCAUGCAAGCCUUGAGGCCUUCGGCCCAGCACUCAUGGAGCCCGGAGCCUUCAGUGGUGCCAGACCAGGCCUGGGAGGAUACAGCCCUCCACCAGAAGAAGCUAUGCCCUUUGAGUUUGACCAGCCUGCCCAGAGAGGCUGCAGUCAACUUCUCUUACAGGUCCCAGACCUUGCUCCAGGAGGCCCAGGUGCUGCAGGGGUCCCCGGAGCUCCUCCCGAGGAGCCCCAAGCCCUCAGGCCUGCAACGGCUGGCUCCAGAGGAGGCUACAGCCCUCCCCCUGAGGAGACUAUGCCAUUUGAGCUUGAUGGAGAAGGAUUUGGGGACGACAGCCCACCCCCGGGGCUUUCCCGAGUUAUCGCACAAGUCGACGGCAGCGGCCAGUUCGCGGCAGUCGCGGCCUCGAGUGCGGUCCGCCUCACUCCCGCCGCGAACGCGCCUCCCCUCUGGGUCCCAGGCGCCAUCGGCAGCCCAUCCCAAGAGGCUGUCAGACCUCCUUCUAACUUCACGGGCAGCAGCCCCUGGAUGGAGAUCUCCGGACCCCCGUUCGAGAUUGGCAGCGCCCCCGCUGGGGUCGACGACACUCCCAUCAACAUGGACAGCCCCCCAAUUGCGCUUGACGGCCCGCCCAUCAAGGUCUCCGGAGCCCCAGAUAAGAGAGAGCGAGCAGAGAGACCCCCAGUUGAGGAGGAAGCAGCAGAGAUGGAAGGAGCCGCUGAUGCCACGGAGAGAGGAAAAGUACCCUCUCCGGGGUACGGAUCCCCUGCCGCCGGGGCAGCCUCAGCGGAUAGCGCCGCUGGGGCAGCCUCAGCGGAUACCGCUGCCAGGGCAGCCCCUGCAGCCCCAGCCGAUCCUGACUCCGGGGCAGCCCCAGAAGAUCCCGACUCCAGGACAGCACCAGCCGAUCCUGACUCCGGGGCAUUCGCAGCCGAUCCCGACUCCGGGGCAGCCCCAGCCGAUCCCGACUCCGGGGCAGCCCCUGCCGCCCCAGCCGAUCCCGACUCCGGGGCGGCCCCUGACGCCCCAGCCGAUCCCGACUCCGGGGCGGCCCCUGACGCCCCAGCCGAUCCCGACUCCGGGGCGGCCCCUGACGCCCCAGCCGAUUCCGACUCCGGGGCGGCCCCUGACGCCCCAGCCGAUCCCGACUCCGGGGCGGCCCCUGACGCCCCAGCCGAUCCAGAUGCCGGGGCAGCCCCUGAGGCUCCCGCCGCCCCUGCGGCUGCUGAGACCCGGGCAGCCCAUGUCGCCCCAGCUGCGCCAGACGCAGGGGCUCCCACUGCCCCAGCCGCUUCUGCCACCCGGGCAGCCCAAGUCCGCCGGGCGGCCUCUGCAGCCCCUGCCUCCGGGGCCAGACGCAAGAUCCAUCUCAGACCCCCCAGCCCCGAGAUCCAGGCUGCCGAUCCGCCUACUCCGCGGCCUACUCGCGCGUCUGCCUGGCGGGGCAAGUCCGAGAGCAGCCGCGGCCGCCGCGUGUACUACGAUGAAGGGGCGGCCAGCAGCGACGAUGACUCCAGCGGAGACGAGUCCGACGAUGGGACCUCCGGAUGCCUCCGCUGGUUUCAGCAUCGGCGAAAUCGCCGCCGCCGAAAGCCCCAGCGCAACUUACUCCGCAACUUUCUCGUGCAAGCCUUCGGGGGCUGCUUCGGUCGAUCUGAGAGUCCCCAGCCCAAAGCCUCGCGCUCUCUCAAGGUCAAGAAGGUACCCCUGGCGGAGAAGCGCAGACAGAUGCGCAAAGAAGCCCUGGAGAAGCGGGCCCAGAAGCGCGCAGAGAAGAAACGCAGUAAGCUCAUCGACAAACAACUCCAGGACGAAAAGAUGGGCUACAUGUGUACGCACCGCCUGCUGCUUCUAGGUAAUGCGGCGGACUCUGCCUGCGGGCAGCAGGGCCG